CCCUUGCCUCUUGAACCCCCCCCCUGUCUGAUCCUCUCUUGCCUCCGCCUUGCCCCGUUCUCCCAUCUGUCCUCCGCCACAUCCUUGUCUCUCUUGUCCAAGUCCUCUAUGUGGCCCCUGCGCACCGGUGAUAAUGGAUCUAAUGGCAAGCGCGCGAGGACGAUGGCAUGCUGCAGCUCAGUACGAGAAGAUAAGACAGCUGGUUGGCCACCGUGCUGUUCCCUUUGGCCGGCACCUUGGAUUCGCAGACUUCUGGAGCAGCACCUCUGGCAUGGACAUCAAGAUCAGUCUGCGACCUGCUAUCCGGAUCAGACCUCAUCAUCAGAUCAUGUACCGGACGCAACCUGCUACUGCGACAAUCAAGCUGAAGUCCUCGCCGACUGUGGGGAGAAUGGGUGGCCAAUUGGUGAUGACGGUUGCUGUAGCACUCAACCUGUUGGUUUUAUGUCCAAUUUGUCAAUGUUUUCCAUCAAAGCUUUCAUCACAGUUAUCUCAGGCAGAUGCUCUGGGGGCCAAUGGUGCGUUUGGAGGGAUGAGCAUGGGCAUAGAUCACGAGCGUUGCGACAAUGUCAAGUACCUAACGAAAGGAUGGGCCAGCCCCAUGUCACUGGAGGGCCACCCACAUGAGUCACUGCAGAGGUCCGAGGAGAAUAAACAGACUGUAGCACAGGAAGACGGGAUGGGUCAGGUAGUGACAAACCAUUUUGUCUCUUCCGCGAUGACCUUCACCCCAAGCACCAUCGGUCUUGAGACUGCAGGAAGUGGAGAUCGUAGAACCAUCAACUUCAUGGUGGGGGGGGGGAGAGAACGCCGAGAAGGUCCGUCGUGGGCAAGACACCAAAAUGAGGGGCGCCCAGAUGUCCCAGAGGGGAGCGACAUGGCACUGGCCAGUACAUUCCUACGGGGAACUCCAGGGUCUGCAGCCCUACAUCUAGGUACACGAUCAAUCAUGAGAAUGGCGAUGCAGCAGACGCUAGCAGACACACAAGAGGAACAGCAGAAGAUGCCAUUGCAACUCAAAGAGGAUCGCAGAGAGGAGUCCAUAGAGGUGACGGUACAUGACAUGAAAUCUCUAUAUGCAGCAAUGCAUUCGCCCAAUAUAACUGCAAGAAGUUCAUAUGUCAUUAUUAUCAGACGGAAUCUGCUGUACCAAAAUGAUUGGUUUUCACGAACGAUUAUCAUCGACCGUGAUGCAAAUCUAACGCUGAGAGGUGAAUGUGGCAACCGACGGUGCGUCAUCGAUGCUGGGCCAGGGUCUAACCUGUGUUUGACACCCAGCAGUGCCUGGGGUUCGUUCUCCAUCCAUAACCUGGAGUUUCAGCACUUCUGCUUCAGCUUCAUUGCCACACGCGUGAAGCUAUGGAAUUGUGUGUUCAGAAGAUGCCGACAAAUGCGCUUCAAGUGGCACAGAACUGAGGAAAGGUAUAGGUCUCGCGCACAGAUGGCUGCGAUCGACUCCUGCGACUUCAUUGGCACCCAGGGAACGGUGCAGAUUGAUGGGUUUCCACCCGAAGGUUGUAUCUCUAACUCGCGCUUCAUUCCUGACAGCACUGACAAAGACGUCAGCCCUCCAGCUCUGCACUUAAAGUCAGUGGGGAUGUCCAACAGCAACUCGUUCAGCAUCUCCAACUGCACCUUUGGAAAGGUCACCCCACCUGGCAGGUCAGUGGCCAUGGCAGAUGUCACACUACAUGUUGAUAACAACGACUAUCAACCCUUAGUGCACGAUGUGACUUUCACCGGCUGUAGGUUUGUCGGAGGAAGCCGGAUGAACAUCGAAAUUGAGAUGCUCAAUAUUACGAGCAGCAGCAGCCACGCGCAUAUCGUCAAAGUCCAUUUCUGUAACACACUGUUCGAUAGAACAUCCUCUCCCCAGUCAAGCGCUCAUCUGGAAAAGCCUGAUGUCAAUGUGAGAUGGUUUGGGUCCGAAGACUCCGAAGCAUUACGGCCAUUCAAUGCAGUGAUAGGAUAUUGUCAGCUGGGUAGGAUCAAUGAUGCUCGUGACUUCCGAGUGAAAUCUAAUCAUCAAAAUUAUACCAACCUAAGCAACCUUCAAGUUCUAAGACAGUCAACAGGCAUCUGUGCCAAAUGCAACCUUUCCGCUGUGUGCGGAAACCACCCAGGGCCAAGAUUGCCACCGCAAGCAGGAAAGUCACGAGCCACUCUUCCGACCCAUUGGAUUAUUGUUUUAUCCAUCCUCAGCUUACUGGGAGCGAGUCUUCUGAUUUUAAUCAUUUUAUUGAUUCUUUGGCGAGGUAAUCAGAUCAUUGACGAAAAGAGGAAGGCGGGAGCGCUUCCUGAGGAUGUGCAGCACUUGAGGGUGUUUUCGCUCAAGGAACUGAGAGAGGCCACUGGCAACUUCACAACAAUACUCGGCAGAGGAGGGAGUGGGGUGGUGUAUAAAGCGAGACUGGCAGGAACAAGGGAUGUGGUUGCGGUGAAGUCUCUGAAAGAACGCCAUUGGCGAAGUGAGCGGGAUUUCUUGCAUGAGGUGGCAAUCCUAGGAAGGGUUGCCCAUAAGAACUUGGUGGAGCUGCAGGGGUUUUGUCAUGAGGAGGAGAGAUACUUCCUUGUCUACGAGUUCGCGCCGAAUGGCACUCUCAAGGACCAUCUCCACAAUUCCAGUUGUGGUUUGCUGCUGACCUGGCCCACAAGAGUGAGGAUAGCACAUGAUGUGGCCAAGGCACUGGAGUUUCUGCACCAUCUGCUCAGUCCACCACUCGUCCAUCGAGACAUCAAACCGGAGAAUGUCCUGCUGCUGGAUGAUUUGACACCUAAGGUAGCUGACUUCGGGCUCUGUCGAAAGAUCAAUUCCCAAGGGGGUUGCUUGAACACAGACCCAGCGGGAACCCUCGGAUACAUGGGGCCAGAAGUUUACAGAGGCCUCGAUGUCACGGAGAAAGUGGACGUGUACAGUUUUGGUGUUCUCUUACUCGAGAUCAUCACAGGAAAACGACCAUUCGGCAAAGAUUUCUCGUUGGUACGAUGGGUGAAAAGCAUUGCAAAAGAUCAGACGUCAGCGAUGGAGCUUGCUGACAAGAAUCUGCAAGGAGCUUUCGACCCCGUUCAGCUGUACCUGCUGACAUGUGUGGCCAGGCGGUGCAUAUGUCGGACAGCACAAGACAGACCAAGCAUGGAGAAAGUGGCGCAGGCUUUAGAAAUGAUCCAGGGCCUGAAUUUGGUUGGAACGGACUCCUCCACUACGGACGAGUGUACCGAAGUGAGUAUCAAGUGCAUGGCUGCUCUCUCUGAGCCAACCAGGGCAUGGGAAGAUGAGGACAGCUCCAUAGCCAAUGCAGAGGACGGUGCAGACUGUUCAGCAUGACUAUCCAUUCCGAGGGGGAAUGGCCAGAACCGCCUCCAGGAAAUUUGGAAUAACGAAAUGGCCCUUGUCAGUAUGGUGGAGAAAGGCACUCCCAACUCCAGAUCAGGGAAAUUAUGACAAAAACACACACCCGCAGAAAAUAUGAAAAAAAGACAUGCCCGUUGUCAGAAUGUACCUGCACAGUGUGCACGGUCCGAUGGAUGAUGACCUAGAUAGUGCAAGGAAAAUGAGUGAGAGUGCAUGACGGAAAUCCAAAUUGCAUCAUCGCAUUGAAAAGCAGAUAGUCGUGUGUCGCACAGAGAGCGGAAUGCGCCAAGUACACACCAAAUAAGCACAAAUCAAUGAACUCAAUUGUCAAUG